AGACGACUACUUUCGCAUACCGAAAUCUUUGAGCGUUUUUAUGAUGAAGGAACCAAACCCAUACGAAAAUGAUUCAACGGACAAAAAUGUAGUGAAAGAAGAGAACGGGGAUAGUGCUAUGCAAACGAGAAAAAAAUGUGUGAAGAAAAGAAUCCGAAAGCAAAGCCUGAUAGAUUACCUAGAUUAAAAAAAAAGCCACAUACUUGUGAGAUAUGUUACCUUACUUUUGAUCGCAAGAGUAAACUAACAAGUCAUAUGUUCAAACAUAGUAAUUCGAGACCACACAAAUGUCGAAUCUGUUCGAAAGGAUUCAAAACCGGUGCUUAUUUAUCAAGACACAUGGAAAUACACGACGAACCGGCACAGUUGCAUGCUUGCACAUUAUGCGACUUCAAGGCCAGAACAAAGCCAUAUUUAAAAAUUCAUUAUAUUCGGAAACACACGGAAGAUUACAAUUACAGUUGCGAACAAUGUGGAAAAAUGUUUAAAGUUCAAUCGGACUAUACUACGCAUAUGAAGGAUCACGAUACUGAGUCUUGUGUUUGUGAUAUCUGUGGGUCUUCAUAUCCAAGCAAAAGUUCUCUUUACUUUCACAAACAUUACAAACAUAAGACCAAAAUCAAGGAAUUCGAGUGUUCUACCUGUAGGAAGAAAUUCAAAAGUCAAAAGAAUCUUGAUAAUCAUGCUGAGUUACACAAGAUGAAAUACGUAUGUGAACAAUGCGGGAUGGAAUUUAAAUUUAAAUAUGGCCUAACGAAACAUUUGAGAACACAUUCCGGGGAAAAAUCUUAUCUCUGCGCGAUUUGUGGGAAAACGUUUGGCUGUUUGAGCUCACAAAAGAUACAUCUGCUCACUCACGUCGGCGAACGUCCUUAUGUUUGUGACAUCUGUGGGCAAAGUUUCACACAGAGAUCUCCAAUGAUGUUGCACAGAAGGAAACAUCCUGGUGCGCAUCCACCUCCACCGCCGAUCAAAAUCACUAAUCUUUUGCACGGUGUACAAGACAAGAUCAUCAUGAAUAAGAAUAUAAAAUAAGAUUUGUUAUCAUAUCCUCUUUUCUCAUAUCUUUUUCAAAAUGAGAUAAGAGCACAAAGAAAGUUCAUUGUGUAUGUACGUUUAAGCUUACUUGUCUUCAAAAAUUAUUGUGAUCGAUUUAUUGGCAUCGUUAUUGGUUGAGAUUUACACGAAAAAAGAACGAACUAAAAAGAAAUAACUCAUCAUCAAUCACUCAGAAAAAAAUAACUCAUAAUUUCAAAGUACAAGAUGUUGAACUUUACUUUGAAUAUUUUUUAUUAUUAUUAUUAUUAUUAUUAUUAUUAUUAUUAUUAUUAUUAUUAUUAUUAUUAUUAAUAUUAUUAUUAUUAUUAUCGUCACAAAUCUGUUUGCGCCUACACUCCAAAAUUCUAAUAUUUUUUAACUAACUCAUGAAUUUAAUUCAUGAAU